AACCGUUUUUCAGUUUGUCGCGAAUUUUCUCGCCGCGAAACGCUGUAGAAAGAUUUUCGCACGUCAAUCCAAAACCAAAAGAAAAACGAUGCCCGGGGGCAGCAUGGACUAUCUCAAGGACCUGAACCAACCGAAGGUCUACGAACUGAAGAAAGCGUUCUGCUUGUUCGAUCUGGACGGGGACGGCGUAAUCAGCGAGCAGGAUUUGCGAAACACCUUCCUCACACUGGGACUGGACAUGUCCGACGCAGAGAUUAUGAAAAUGUUCGACGGUGUGGUGCAACCGCUCAAUUUGGAUGUCUUCCUGCUGCUGGUGCUGCAGCGAGCCAAUGGCCUUGCCCCGAUGGAUGUCAUGGUGAACGCGCUGCGCUUCUGGGACAAAGCCAACACCGGUUUCAUCGAUAAGGAGAAGUUCAAGUUCGACAUCAUGUCCUACGGCGAUCGCUUCACGGCGGAGGAAGCGGAAGAAGCCCUGGCGGAUGCGGCGGUGACCCGUGGGCCCCAAAUAACCCGUGACGGUCAGCUGCUGGAGAAGAUUGACUACGUCGAUUUCGCGGCGAACAUUUCCGGCUUCCAGCGGACGGAUCAUAAGUAAAGGCGGGGUCGAAGUAGGCGAAGGGGACGGGCUUUUUGGACGCGAGUCAAAGAAGGCUACGGAUUUGGAUGUUUUUAUUGUUUCGUCGAGGGAUAGGACAUAGCGAGCAUGGCAAAUGCAAUCUGUUCCGGGUUGGAUGAGGGGACAGGAUUGUGUAAGACGUGGACCAAGAGAAAUAGGAAGUGUUCGUUUUUAGAUUUGAGCUUUAUUUCGGUAUCGGCUCCGUGUCGGGUAGGGAAUGGAAAAAUUUAUUCGGAUUACUUUUGGUGUGGAAAUAAAUGGGGUAAGCUGUAUCUCGAGAAGAAAUUUCGAAUGCAUUGGAAAGCAUUUCCUUGUAGCAAGAACAGGAGAACAAUAUUUGGCAUGCAAUGGAGUGUAAAAUAAUAAAGGAAAGCCAUCUAGUUCAGUUA